GUGUCUGCGCCGCUGUUGUCCUUUUCGUAUAAUUAAUUACGCGCGCGUGUGUUGUGUGUCAGGCGCUCGAGGCACCGUCAUCAUGUGUGUGUGAGAUCAGUGCGUACAGCGAGUGAGAUCGUUUCGCGGGACGAUCGUGUGUUGUGUCCAUCGUGCAGCAGCAGCUACCCACUCCCCCUCUCUGCCAAGUGUCAUAUCGCAUCAUAAGUGUCCUGUGUGCGUUUUGUUCUUUGUACAAAGUGUAUUUUUGUGUGUGAAAAUAACAGUUUUUACCGGAGAUUCAACGUACGAGAGAAGCUGCACCACUGCUCGCGUAUACUACACCCAUUAAAACCGAAUCUCUCUCUCGCGAAGCCUGCGAAUUCCGGAAGGCUCCGAAUCUCUCUGCCUACUACUAAUACUACUAUACGCGUCUGUAUAACGCGUAACAUAUAUAAAGCGCGCCGCCGUGUGUAUUGUAUAUGUAUCGACAUAACAUACAUACAUCAAGAUAAAAGCCAUGAAUCAUUUCAACUCGACCGGGAGCAGCUUUGACCAUGGGGACAACAGGAUGGAGGAGGAGGAUCUGUCGCCCACCCUGCUCUCCGACAGCAACAUGAGCAGUAUAUUCUUCACGAGCGGCUGCCAGCCGUACGGACAGUCGGCGAGCGAUUUGAGGUCACGCCUCGACGAGAGCGCGAUCAGCGACGACACCAUCUUGCUCGACGAUGACUCGAGCGACACCAUGAUCCUGGACAGGGACGAGGACGAGGAACUGCUCCGCAAGCGGCGCAACUUCGAGCGCUUCAGUCGGAUGCAGGGCAGCGUGCAGCUGUCGCAGAAUCGGGGCUGCGCCGCCUCGGAGUCGGCCGCGGCGGCCCAGGCGGCGGGCGCCGCGACCCUCAGCCUCUUCGGCCAGGCGAGUCGCAGCGUCGUCAGGAGCAGCGACAACAACAACAACAAUAAGAAUAUCGACGGCAACAACGACAGCAACAACAACAUCAUCAAGAACAGCAGCAAGAGGAGGAUCGAUCAACUCGAGGAGGACGACUUAAAUUCCGAGUGCAUCGAGCGCUUGGACAGCCUGAUGCUGAGCGAGAUGAUCGUUCGUCAGCCCGCCGACAGAAACGACAUCGACUACGACUUCGACGACGACGAUACCGUGGAUCUGGCCCUGCCCAGAACCAGCACUCAUUUACCCCCGAUCGAGGACAUGACGGACCUGCGUACGGCGACCAACAAAGCCGACACCGCGGGACGCCUGUCGACCGUCAACACGCUCCUGCUGAACUCGGUCGAGUCGGAGUUGGCCUCGCCGGCACCCAGCAGCGACGACGUCUCGCACAAUAGUCUGGAGGGAGCCGUCGGCCCUCUGCCCUCGCUGCGUUACAGCUACAAGUCGACCAUGAUGUUCCCGCCGCCGCUCACGAACAGCAAGCUGCCCUGCACCGAGUGCAGAUCCACCUUCCCCUCGAAUCUCGAGCUGAUCGAUCAUCAGACGAGAAAUCAUCCGUAUCUUCGUCAAAGAUUCUAUUGCGAAGUCUGUGGCAUCGGCUACACGAGAAAGGAUACGCUCGAGCGACACAAGGCCGAUCGCCACGUGCCCAUGCCGCACAAGUGCGACGUCUGCAGCAAAAUGUUCAGGCGCCCCGAGAACCUGCGGAUCCAUCUGCGCAGCCAGCACUCCGACGGCGACGUGUACGUCUGUAACAAGUGCCCAAAGACUUUCGGCAAGUCCGAGGCGCUCCAGAAGCACGUCAAUCAGAAGCACCAGAUCCAGCCGGACCAGAUCUGCGAGCACUGCGGCCGGAUCUUCGCCAGGAAAGGCAAUCUCGUGCAGCACGCGCGACGAUGCGCAAGACAGAAGGCCGCGAUCAAGGAGGUGACCGAGGUUGUGGCGGAGGUGGUCGCUUGGCCUCUCGCAUACCCCGGCAAGAUCCAGAAACGAAGAGAAGCGAGCGAGCCAGAGAAAGAGAGAGCAUAAGAUAAUAAGAGAGAGAAAGAGGAUGUAAA